AUGGCCUCGUCCUCGCUGCUGGUGGUGGUCGUCGCCCUGCUGGCCUUCCUUUCGCCGGCCGUUCUUGCGACGGGUGGCGCCAGCAGAGAGAAGCGCACGCACAUCCGCGUCUACGUGCACGAGCAGUUCUCCGGCCCGAACGCCACGGUGGGGUCCGUGGCACCGUCCCCGCUCGGCGCCAACUCGACGUUCGGCGAGGUCGGCGUGCUCGACGACGCGCUGCGCGCCGGCCCGGGCCCGGCGUCGGGCCUCGUCGGCCGCUACCAGGGGGUCUUCGUGGGCUCGGACCUGGCGGACGCGAGCUACCACUCGGCCAUCACCCUGGUGUUCGCCGCGGGCGAGCACCGCGGGGGCACGCUGUCCCUGCAGGGAAGGUACAGCUUCCCCGCCGACGACGGCGCGGUGCUCGAGCGCGCCGUCGUGGGCGGCACCGGUGGGUUCAGGAUGGCACGCGGAUACUCCCUGCUCAAGGUCGUGAGCACCCCGCCCGAGGCCGCCGUCUUCCAGCUCGACCUGUUCGUGUUCACGCCCCGUGGCCGAUACUAG